AUGAGCGCGCCAGCUGCCACCGAGAACGUAACCACGUCUUGCACCACCGCCGCCACUACCACCAUGCCCUGCGAAACCAGCAUCCUGCCGGUUGAUGCCUCCAAGCUUGGCACAAUCACUCUCUCGCACCCCGAUCCGGACGCGUUGCUAGAAGACUGGGACAUCUCGUGGGCCACGUCCGGCGCCGACAUCGCGCGCCUGCAGCAGGCGGCCGCAGAGCUGCAAGACGGCAGCCUCCCCGUCGGCUUCCCUACGGAAACGGUGUACGGGCUGGGCGCCGAUGCAACCAACAGCUCCGCCGUGCGCGGCAUCUACGCGGCCAAGCAGCGGCCGGCCGACAACCCGCUGAUCGUGCACGUCGCCUCGCUGCACCAAUUGGGCUCCCUCCUGCGCCCUUCUUCCCCCUCCCCCGCCGCCGAUGACGACAAAAAGAACCCCGCGGACCUGAUACCCAAAAUCUACCACCCCCUCAUCCGGCGCUUCUGGCCGGGCCCGCUCACCUUGAUCCUGCCGCUGCCCGACGCGCCCUCGUCCACGCCGCUCGCGCCCGAGGUCACGGCCGGCCUGUCGACGUUCGGGGCGCGCAUGCCCGGCUCGCUGAUUGCGCUGCUGCUCAUCCGCCUCGCGGAUCGGCCCUUGGCCGCGCCCUCGGCCAACGCGAGCACCAAGCCUAGCCCGACCGCCGCUGAGCACGUCGCCCACGACCUGCGCGGCCGCAUCGCCACCAUCCUGGACGGCGGCCCCUGCGACGUCGGCGUCGAGAGCACCGUCGUCGAUGGCGUCAGCGGCGACACGCCGGUCAUCCUGCGGCCCGGCGGCGUAAGCAUUGACGAGUUGAGGCAGUGCGAGGGCUGGGAGAACGUGGGCGUGGCCUACAAGGACAAGGCUGAGAUGGGUAAUGGCGCGGAGAAGGGUGAGGGAAAGGAGGAGGAGGAGACGGGAGAGCCGGUGGCGAAGAAGAGGAAGAAGGAAGCGCCGCGCGCUCCGGGGAUGAAGUAUCGGCACUAUUCGCCAAAGGCGAGGGUAGUGCUGUUCGAGGCGGGCACAGGCGUGCCGAACAAGAAUUCUGUAGAGGGUUACAAGAGGGUGGGCACGAUCAGGACGAAGAAGUGGUCAAAGGGCUGUGGCCUGCCGCUUGCGCAGCAGCAGAAGGACGAUGAAACGGAGGAGCCGAAGGAGCAAGAAGCAGAUCAGAAGAGCGCAGCGCCCGCCACAAACGGUACGAAACACAGCCAGCAUUUGGGUAUUUCCAAAAUGCUCGAUACGCUCACCAUCCGCCCCGUGCCUAAGCCGCAACGGCUAGUCGCAGCGGAGGACGCCGAGCGGGAGAUCUGGGAGGUCAACCUCGGCGCCGAGACCAAAGAGAUUGCGCGGGGCCUCUUCUCGGCGCUGCGAGAGCUGGAUAGAAAGGAAGUCGACGUCAUCCUUGUCGAAGGCAUCGACGAGAGGGAGGGAGACGUGGCGGCCGCUGUGAUGAAUCGGCUACGCAAAGCGGCGGAGGUGGAGGUCAAGGGAUCAUGA